AUGGGCAGCCACAGAGCGCAAGCACAGUUUGAGCGUGCAAAAUGGCGACUGCUGCUUCUUUCCCCAGCCUGGUCGGUGCAGCUGACGUUGGCGUUUGGGAUGUUGGGGCUCUUUUCGUGGAGACUUGGUGAUACGAUCCAUCACUUUGAUGCCAGAGACAAGGCCGGUAAAACUCCUGUCAUCGAAUAUGUCUGGGAGGCGACAAAUAUAGCACUGUCAUCCGUCGUGGCAUUUUGCACCAUCUUCGAGAUUGCCAGAUACUUUGCUGAGUCGUUGACGCCAUGGACCAUGCUGUUCAGCCAUGUUGUCAAGCUGGCAUGCGCAUGCGCCAUCCUCGCCCUGGAUGUGGUCAUAUAUGUGCAACGAAGCGAUUCCCACUAUUCUCUCAUAGGCCUUGGCAUGGAUGCUCUGUUGAUGGUCGUCGCCGUCUCGCUCGCCAUCUAUGCCAUCAUCGUAUAUCGCCGGCUGUCCAAGUAUGACGACUAUGCUCGUCCCGUCAACGUCAAACCCUAUGGCUUCAAUGAUGAGCUGGAGACUGAUACGCCAUACUCUUCGUACUCGAGCCGAACGUCAAUGCUAAAGUCCACGGGGAAACGAAGUUCACUCGGAUCAGAGCGCCUUAGCGUUGGAUCGAACAAGAGUGCAUCCGUGGUGGUGCAGCCAGCAGAGCAGAGGGCGAGAAGCUACAGCCAUGAGAGAGACACGCAGUUUGACGAAUACGUGGUUCGCAAGACGUCAGUCAAGUACAAGCCGGACUCUGCUGGGCCCAAGUCUCCCCCUCUCGGCCCUCUGGGGGAUUCGUUGACCGCGAUAGACAUAGUCGGACAUUCUCGCUCAAGAGGUUCGAGUGUGUCGCAGACCAUGAGCGACCAUGUCCUGGUUUCGGUGCCGGAAGAGGAGGCUGAAACGGCUGGCGCAGAAGCUGAUCACAAACGGGAUCGUGAAGCUCUACUGGGGCACGUUCCAUACUCGUCGUGA